AUGCCUUCUAUUCACAACCUCAAGGUCCGCAGCCUCAUUGGCGAGCGCGAGGAUCAGGACGUCGCCACCGGCGCUGGCGACAAUGUCCUUGAUUACAUGAUCAUUGUCCUCGGACUCGUUUUCGUUGGCCUGCUCCUGGCCAUGGUCCUCUUCAUUAUCCGCAGGAAACGGCAAUCAAUGGCCCGCGCCGAGAUGCUCCCUGACUACCAUGAAGUCAAGGGUGUGCGCAACCACCAGAAUCUCACCAUCAAGACGACGCAGAACGGUCGCUCCUCCGUGCUCGUUAUCAGCAAGGACGGCCAGCCCAUGCUGUCAAACCCCAACUCGCCCCCUUACUCUCCCGACAACGUUCCUGAGAUUCACAUCACUUUCCCUGAUGAGCAGGACGAAGCCGGCCAGCGCAAGAAUGGCCGCGUCCUUGUCGUCCGCGUCGGUGAUGGCGGCGUUGUCGGCCUGGAGCCCGUUCGCGAAGAGCAGCUGCCUGCCUACGAGAAGGAGAACAAGUCGCAGUUCUACUCCAUUGAUAUGGACCAGAUCGGCGGCUUGAAGGAGAAGGAGUACCGCUGA